AUGGCUGACGAUACGCACAACACCAGCGAUCUGUCCGAUCCUGUCACAGCAGGCAGCCCCAAGGAAGACGCGGAGACCAAGGCGACCAGGGAGGAGCUGAAGCAGACAGCUAUUUCUGACGACAAGACCAAGACCGCCUCGGCAGGGCAGGAUGAUGAUGCAGCUUUGGCGCGAACCAAGACGCCGGAGCUCGACCUGCCAGGCGCAAACAGGGACUCGCUAAAGGAGCAGGUCUCGUCUCCCAAGAAGAAGCGAGGCCAUGACGAAGUAGACGAGCAGAGGGAUGUCGAGGGCGCCGAUCCUGCCAGCAGUGCAACCAUCUCUGAGCGCGAUAAGAAGCGCCAACGGGACGGACAGGCUACUGAGGAGGACAAGACGGCAGACCAGACAGGAACUACCGUGGCCGCAGACAAGGCGACAGACACGACAGCUCAGGCUGCGGGCGCCGCCUCUCCCAAGAAGGCAGACACUGCCUCUACUACAACAUCCUCCUCGGCCUUUGCCAGCUCGGGCCUCUCCAAACUCACAGGAACGACCUCUCCGUUUGGCGCGCUCGGUGGCUCAGCAAAACCUAGUGUGUUUGGUGGUGCUAGCAGUGCAGCAGGUUCGGCAUCGCCUUUCGGUAGCCUCGGUGGUGCGGCACCCGCAGCGAAGCCGGCAGCCCCGAGUCUGAGCUUUGGCAACAAGCCAGGCGCAUCAUCUCCUUUCGCAACCCUGAACGGGCCCUCGACGUCGACUUUCGGGAGUGCCUUUCCCAGCGGAUUCGGAAGCACCUUGCCGGGAGGAGCCAAGCUGUCCAGCUUUGCCAAGCCGGGCGACGUCUUUAAGAGCGACAAGCCUGCAAAGCCGUUUGGUGCACCUGAGAGCGAUGCUGAAGAGGGCGACGACGACGACGAAGGCUCUGACGUCAACGAGCAAAGCGGCGCCGAGGAGGUCGAGUCUGAAGAAAAGGAGAAAGAGGAGCCUAAGGCUGUCGUGGACGAUAAAAAGAAGCCCAAGCUACAAAAAGUCUCUGUUGACGACGGCGAGGCCGGAGAAGCCACCAUCUUCUCCGCCCGAACCCGGCUAUAUCACCUGGAGAAGGAGACGGGCUGGAAAGAGCGAGGUGCGGGCAUCAUCAAGGUCAACGUGCCCGAGGCGAGUGUUGAAUUCGACGAAGCGGGUGUUGCCAUUCCGGCAUCCUUUGACGCAUCCGUCCUCGAUGAGGAGGACGAUGAGGAGUCUGGCGGCGAGCGCAAGUCCAAGGUUGUUCGCCUGAUCAUGCGGCAAGACUCCACCCACCGUGUCAUCCUGAACACUGUGGUCGUCCCAGCUACGGACUUCCAGAAGCGAACUGCACUCAAGUACACCACAGUCCUCUUUCCAGCAUUUGAGGGCGAGGACGCAAAGCCUGUCAGCAUGCAGAUGAAGCUGAGUGAGGCCAAUGCCGAGAACUUCAUACAGCUGAUGGUCGGCAUUCAGAAAGAGCUCCGAGGCGAGUGA